AUUUAAAAUUAAAAUAAAAGAUUUCAGGAAGAAAAAGAGCACAUAGACGCAAACACUCACUUCUCUUUUUCUACGAUUCAUCUAAACUUUCCUUAAACCAUUGCGUCUUUCUGAUCGAAGUCAAAACACACCCAAAAAGAAAUCCCUUUCUCCUUCGCUCUCUUCCAAGAGAGUGGUUUUUGUGCAAGAACCAAGUUUCUUAAGCACCCGGUAUCUGUCAUCACAGUGCAACAUUACGUAGACACUACUACGAACUACAUAGGGAUCAAGGCAACAGCAUCUAAGUGAUUUCUGAGAAAGAAGCAUCAAGAUAUUGUGCCGUUGACAUUGGUCUCAACACAGUGCUGUCUACCACGAUCACAUGAAUAAAACCCGAUUUUGAGUCGUGGGUGAUUGCUGGAUUCGGUGUUUGGUUCUAUUUUGGGAUCUGGGUGUGUUGUUUUGUGGAGAUGACCAUGAAGUUGGGGUCACUAGAUCAGUGGAGGAAUUACUUUGGGUCAGCGAAUUGCGAUAUAUUUGACAUAAUUGACCAUGCCAUCAUGGUGGCAGCUUCGGAUUGCCCCAAGGAGUUUAGAGUGAGAAGGGAUGCGAUUGCGGAGAGGUUGUUCUCUUGUAGGUUGACUCGUUGUUUGGGGUGUGACCGUGUGGAGUUGGCUGUGUCUGGGGAUUGCCAGAAUGUAAAUGGUGAUGAUGAUGAUGGUGAUGACGAUGGAGGUUGCAAGAGUGGUUUUGAAAGACAUGGGGCUGAAUUUGAAGCAGGGGCAAGCAAAGAAAGCAAGGCUAAUAGUUGUGGAGAUAUGGGCGUGAACCGUGUUAGCAAUUAUAGCUUUGGGGAAGCUGAAGCAUUGACUGAUGAGAUUGAAGAACAGUCUCAGUAUUUUGAAGAGAUUUUGAGGAUCAGAGAAAUUCUGCGUAACCGUGAAGAUGCGUCUGAGUCUGCGUUAUUUGAUUCAUUGAGGAUGCUUCAGCUGAUGGAACUCACCGUGGACAUUCUAAAGGCAACUGAGAUUGGCAAGGCUGUGAAUCCCCUCCGAAAGCAUGGAUCAAAGGACAUUCGUCAACUCGCACGAACUCUCAUCGAUGGCUGGAAGGAAAUGGUAGAUGAAUGGGUCAAGGCUACAACUAUUACAGUUGCAGGCUCAGAAGGCACGCCAGAUUCAGUAAAUCCAUCUGUUGUUGAUGAUGAGGAAGAGGGACUACCAUCGCCUCCUAUGGAUGAAGGGGCUUUCUUUGUAGCUCAAACUGGCUCAAUAGAACUGUCACAGUUCUUUGAUGGCAUGGAUGACGAUGAUGGAAAUCCUCCACAAAGUGUGCAAUUGAACAAGAACUAUGACAACAGAAGAAAGCCAGCUAUGGACAGUCACGUUAAAGAAAAGAGGAACUCGCAUGCUUCCAAUGAGAUGACCGUGACUACCAAGGACAGUAGGAGUCAGCAAGCAAAGAAAAAUGAUGCUCCUGCGAAGCUAAAUAAACCCGUAACUGCUGAUUCUGGCCCCGGCAGACCACCAAAAUCAAAUAUGCAGAGAAAAUCUGUGGAGCCAAAGAUGCAACAAAAAGUAGAGAACAGUUCAAUCACAAAGAGGCCUCCCAUUGUUCAGCAAGAUAAAUCCAAGUAUUCAGAUGAUGAUGCUGUCGAAGUGAAGCUAGAAGCCACUAAGAGGAGACUUCACGAGAGUUAUCAACAAGCUGAAAAUGCUAAGAAGCAGAGAACAAUACAAGUUAUGGAAAUAAAUGAUCUCCCAAAGCAAGGGAUGGUCCACAGAAAUUCACAUUUCAAGCCUGGAUAUCACAAUAGACACUGGGCUAAUUCAUGGAGAUAAACCUACUUAUGGAUUGAAGAUUGAUCAUCCCCUUGACUAUAGAAAAUAACAAAUCCAUUAUCCAUUCACCAUUUGGACUUGGAUAGAGCUAUUCUGAUUGGGAGGAAACGAGUUCACAACAUUGUUUAUUUCACAAGUUAUAGGCUUUUAGUACAUAGGAAUUUUGUUAAUCCAACAUUGGAUUUGAAAGAGGAUUCUAACUUGGCACUUUACUGCUGACUUGGUUACAUAAUGAUUGUCUAUAGAAAUCUUGAUUGUUUCGGGACAAUUUUCUUUUGUCACAUAGGAUUUACACUAGGCUCUCAUAUAACUCAGUAAAUACCUUCUGAAUUUGCCUGGCACAACCUCAAUGGUCUUGUGUAAACUCUUAGAUGUGAUUUAUCUUUAAUAACAUUCAAUUGAUAUUUU